AUGCUCGGAGAUCCUUCACUCCUCUUGCGAGUGGAAUAUCGCCCUUUUAUAUUCUCCCCUCGCCCGCUGGAUGGUGGAAUUCUUUCCGUGCGGUGCACCAUUCACGAGCUGUGGGUGUGUCGGUGGCCCCGCCCCGCCGCCAUGUGCUCUCUGACCGUCCAAAACAUUGGUGUCUCUUCAGUGCCACUGUGGCAGUCGCGGGAGGAGCGAUCUUUGUUUCCUGUGCACCGGCCACCGCCCUGUUGCCAUAGUACCCCCCCUCAGCUCCAAGCCCACUGCCGUCGUGUGUCGGGCCCACAGUGCAUCCCGUUGCGAGAGGCCAUCUGCAUUCCCAUGGUGGGUCCCUGCCUGGCGCUGGACCUGGAAAGAGAAAUCCUGCAACGAGAGGAACCAUCGGGUUACCCUCGCAUUAGUGUGGUAUUUCUUGGGAUUGGCUGUCAGCCUGGCCUUCCAGAGUUCCUUCAGAACCUUUCUGUUUUAGGCCCACUGUUCUUUACUUUAUAUAUGCUACCCCUAGGUCAAGUUAUUCGUAAACAUGGAAUUAGCUUCCACUGUUAUGCUGAUGAUACACAGUUGUAUGUUUCAGCGAAGCCAGAGGACAGACAGAAGCUUAGUAAAGUUGAGGAUUGUGUAAAGGACAUUAGACGUUGGAUGUUAACUAACUUCCUUCUACUUAAUUCUGAUAAAACAGAAAUACUUUUAUUAGGCCCACGUGUAGCUAGAAGUAAUCUUUCUGAUCACAUGGUUACUCUGGAUGGUCUUUCUGUUUCAUCAUGUACAGCAGUUAAAGACCUUGGAGUGAUUAUUGACUCCAGCCUAUCAUUUGAUGCUCAUGUAGAUAAUAUCACUAGGAUAGCUUUCUUUCAUCUCAGAAAUAUUUCUAAAAUAAGAAACAUAUUGUCACUACAUGAUGCGGAAAUACUAGUUCAUGCAUUCGUCACCUCUAGAUUAGAUUACUGUAAUGCCUUACUGUCUGGCUGUUCCAGUAGGAAUAUAAAUAAGCUCCAGUUAGUCCAGAAUGCAGCUGCUAGAGUCCUAACUAGAACUAGUAGAUACGACCAUAUCACACCGAUAUUAUCAAUACUGCAUUGGCUCCCAGUAAAAUCUCGCAUUAACUAUAAAAUACUUUUAUUAACCUAUAAAGCACUAAACGGUCUCGCGCCACAAUAUCUAAGCGACCUUUUGGUUUUAUAUGAUCCGCCACGCCUACUUAGAUCAAAAGAUGCAGGCUAUUUGACGGUACCUCGAAUAGUGAAGGCUACAUCAAGGGGAAGAGCUUUCUCUUAUAGAGCCCCACAGUUAUGGAACAGUCUUCCUAUUAGUGUUCGGGACUCAGACACAGUCUUAGUGUUUAAGUCUAGGCUUAAAACGUAUUUGUUUACUCAAGCCUACCCUGACUAGAUUCUGUUCUACUACUUCGCAGUCAUAAUAAUCUUUUUUCUCCCUCUCUCCUUUUGCCGAGCCCCACACGAAUUUAUGGACAUACUAGAGAUCCAGAUCCUUUCUGCCUCUGGAU